CCCGUCAUUAAAACACAAUCAAUAAGAACACUCGCAAGACUCAAGUGUCAGAAAGCAUCGAAUCAGCCUUCAUUUUCAACACUCGACUACCCAUUCUCAUGCUAGGAGCAACAGCCACCACUACUGCAACAACUACUACCUCUAUGCCCCUCUUAUCCUCCGAAGAAAUCAGCCCUCUAACACCAUACAUCAUGUCUAUCAACGACUUUGCUCCGGCACCUCAAUCGUUCACACCAGGGCAAUGCCUCUUCUGCCCCUCUGUCUACCCGACACUAGCCGAGAGCAUCAUUCACAUGCAAACUUCACAUGGCCUCUUCGUUCCAUAUAAGCAACACCUCUUGGUAGAUCUCGAGACAUUGUUUAGAUAUCUACAUCUUGUUAUCUAUGGGUAUCGAGAAUGCAUACACUGUGGAACGAGCAGGACAACAGUCCAGGCAGUGCAGCAGCAUAUGAUGGGUAAAGGCCAUUGCAAGUUUGACGUGUCGGAAGGAUCAGAAUUUGCCGACUUUUACGACUUUUCACGCCAAGAUCUUGAUACAGAGGAUGAUUUUCUGAGUGAAGAUGAUGAAGACGAGUUUGAGGGUGCAGAACCGAAGCUGGACCGGAAGCCCCUACAGGUUGAUCGGGACUCGAUCCGUCUUCCAUCCGGCCGGCUCAUCUCCAAAAAGUUAUCAGCGCAAGUUGAGCCAUCAGUCUCACAGAUACGCGAGCGCAAGCGGACGUCUAGAUCUCAACUCGAGUACUCUUCUGUUGAAGCCGGAGACGAAGGUCCUAUGCAUGAGGAGUCUGUACCAGAGACUUCCGACACAAGGGUUUUAUCGAGACGAGAAAGACGGCAGAAGGCUACUGUUACACAUCAGCUUGCCAAUAUGAGUGCCGGCGACCGUAGCGCUUUGAUGCACCUGUCUGCAUCUGAGCAACGUUCCUUCAUUGCAACUCAGCACAGAUUUACGGAAAAGGUUCAGAAGGAGGAGAGUCGAAGGCAGCGAAGGAUUGAUCGCAAGGAGAACAAGAAUCUGUAUGCUUAUUGGCAUACAGAAACUCCAGUGUAUCAGUGUGGAUAGUCAAAUCAGAUGAACGUGAUUUUAUUUCAAUCCAGCCAAGGUCUAAGUGGUCUACGUUCACAUGUCAUAGCCUCCA